UUCUGAACAAACUUUUUAGACAGUGUCUAAUGUUCUAAGUAAUAAGUAUUUUAUGAGAUUUUAUUAUUUUUGUACUUUGUUAUUAUAUUUGUACUUAUAAAUUUUUAUGUUAGUACUAUAAUAUUUUUUUAUUAUUUUAGUUUAUAUUUACUUUCCUUUGUGCUACUUAAUUGGCAACGUUUUUUUUAUAAUUUUUUUUUUGGUAUAAUAUUUGCACUAAUUUUUAUUAUGUAGUUUGUUAGUUUUAUGGGGAAUAAUUUGAGCCUUAUAAGAGAAUUACCAGUUCAAGGUGUGUGUUGAAGCAGUUUCUUUUAAAGUCAUAGGUCUGAGACUUUGACAUGCACAGGUUUUUAUUGUGGAUUCUCUAAGGUAUCACUACAUUGGCUAACAGUUUUUUACACUGAUUUUGACAGGACUGACCUUGCUCAAUAUUUUAUAAGCUAGUAAAAUUUAAAAUCUUAGAUUCUCCAUACACUGAAGUAUAAUUCAAUCUAGGCUCUUUGAUGUAACACUAACAUUUAUUAUUGUGGGUAGAACAUAUUAUUUUGGAUUGUAUAUUUACUCCUCACGCUGAUCUCUGAUUUGACUAAGCACAACAAAGCAUACAGCAAGGAUUUACACAUACCAAUCGAUUUGAAAAACCAUAUUAGAUGUAUUAAGUACAAAAACAUAUUUUAUUAUGCAUUUUGUAAAUGUUUUUACUUUUAAAUAAUAUAUAACAUGUUUGGCUUACUUUUUAAAAAAUACUGCUGAUAAGUAUGUCUAAGAAUAAUUAAAUCAAUGCAUGGUUAAGCUAUUUUACAAGUAAUCAGACAGGAUUAUAGUGUUUAAAAAUUAUGACUUGCUAAUUCAGUUAUCUUUCAGUAAAAUAAUGACCCAAACAAUAUAGCCAAAAUGUUUAAUAUUUUUGUUUAGCAGUUUUAAAAUAUUUUUUAUAUUGAUAUCAAUUAAUUAAUAUGUUUUUGCAAUUCAAGGCAGUUUAUAAACAGUGUAAUUUUUAAUUAUUUAAGAUCAUUGAUGUUAUAUCUAACAUAAGUUUAUAAUCAUUUAGUUACAGUUAGUUCACUGAAUAUGUUUUCUUCAAUAUAUUAAACUGAGAGAAAUAAAUUAGGCUUCAUAAGAUUUUAAUUUUUUUUAUAUUUGUAUGUUUAUAGUUUCUAACAUACAGAUGAUAAUUUAUAACAUACUAGCUGUCUGGACCAGUAACAUACAGGUCAUGGUGAGUCUGUUCCUCAUUGACCAUUUCUAUAAUUAUUUUCUAUAUGGUCUCUUUUUUUCUAUACUUUUCAGUAAAUUUAAUUGAUUGUGUAAACACUUUAAUACAGUAUCCUGAACGUAAAUGACAGUUCUCCCAAUGUUUUUCAAAAUGUAAGGCUGUUAUAAAAUUUCAACCCUCCCAUUAAGAUCCCUUUCCCCCCUUGUAUGUGACUGGUAGAUGAGGAAAGUUAAGAGAAUGUAAUCAAGAUUUUAAAUCAAAAGGAGCUUUUACCAAAAUGAUAAAAUGCUAAGUAAAAGUUUAUAUUCACUAAUAUAGGUAUAUAUAUUUAUUUACCUUUAACAAAACAGCAAUUGCAAAGAAAAAAAAACAAAAAUGUCCUUUUAACAAAAUUAUUUUACAGUUAACAAAGCAUAAACUGUUAAGAAAUAGGAACAAAAUAUCUUUUCAGCAAAAUUAAUUUACAAGCAAAACAUAACAAAAGUUCUUAUUUAUAAAACAACAGAAAACAUUUUUUUAAAGCAAAACAUAGUUAAACAAAACAAAUUUAUUUAAUUUAAUUUAUGGAUGAUUUGGAAAAAAUUGUGAUGGUUGGAGUCUAGGAACAAAAAAGCCUCAAAAUUUUGGCCACUAUUGCCCCAAACAAGAGAGCAACAAGUUGAUAAAAUACUUUUUGUACCAUUCUUAAGUAAAUCUAUACUUAUCGAUAAAUUCUAAAUUUUAUACAAUAAUCUCUUAGUGUUUUACCAUUGAGAAAUAAAUGCAUAUGUAUUUUAUUCUAAAUGUCCAAAAUGUACAUUAUUAAUAUAAAUUUGAUUUACUCCGCACAAAUUCAUAUGGAUAAUAUAUACCUUCGACAACGUAUUCAAAGUCUAAAAUUACUAGACCACCUAGGACCGCAAAAGUAUUCGGUUAUAUUAGUGAAAUUUUAACUAAAAAAAGUACAUUAAAUACGCAGUCAUGAGAAAGAUGACUGCGUACUGUGGUUAAUACCGUGAACUGGGACUGUUCACAGUAUUAACCCACACCUCAUCAACAUAAAUCACAGUAAAAUUGUAACACAAGAAAAUUGUAAUACAAAUUUGUCAAUAAAUGGGUGUGUGGUAUUGUUUGAAAGUCAUAUAUGUAUUGUGUCAUGUAUGUAUUUUAAAUAAAGUAUUAUAGGCUUUCAUCGAUCAUUACAAUUUCAAUAUUUCCAUAUGCUAUCAAAAGAACAUUUCCAUAUGCUAUCAAAAGAAAGUUAAACUAAACAAGUGUGCUUGGUUUUUGAUAUUAAAAGAUUGUUAGCAACAACAAAAUGGGAAAUUUACUGUUACGUUGUCUUGAAAGAUUAGGAGAAACUACCACAAGUGUUUCCAGAAAUCCUGCUCCAACAGGAGAAACUACCACAAGUGUUUCCAGAAAUCCUGCUCCAACAGUGUCAAGAAAAAAAUUGACUUAUGAUGAAUUGAUUUCAAAAUGCUGUGGUAAAAUAAGCUAUAAGAUUGGAAGUGAUUGGUUGCUAUGGGGAAGACAUUUAGGCUUAAGUGAUUCAGAUCUUGAUAACAUUGGCUCUGAUUAUAGAAAAUGUUAUGAGAAAGCUGAUUAUGUUUUGAUAAAGUGGAAGCAAAAAAACGGCAACUUAUCAUGGGAGCAAUUAAAAAAAGAGUUGAUAGCUUUUAAGCGUUAUGAUAUAGUAGUUAAAAUAGAGAAGAAAUUUGGAGAUUACUUAUCAGAUUCAGAAAAAAUACGAUACGAAGCUAUGGGUUUUGAUUCGCCUGAACAAGUGACAAAAGAAUUCAAAGAAAAUUCUUCAAAUCUACCUGAUAUUGCUAGUAAAGUUCAUGUCAAGAAAGAUUUGUCAAUAGUGUCUGCUGAACUAAAAAGGUUUUAUCUUGAAUAUUAUGGGAAAAUUAGUGAACUUCAACCACUAUUGAAAACACUUGCAAAUGUUGAUCUAAUGCAUAAAUUUGUUGAUCUAUGUAUUGUUGAUGCAGUGGAUGCUCAAUUGGAUGCUGUUUGUAGUGCUGAGCGGAAUAAAUUUCUUGCAAAGCAAAUGAGUUAUACACCUAUACCAUAUAGUGAAAUAUUUAUGAAAGAAAAACCGGCAUUAUUAAUAUCUGGAAUAGCUGGUAUUGGGAAAACAUGGUUGCUUAGAAAAUGCUUGCUUGAUUGGUCAAAUAAUUUAAUUUGGAAAAAUGUUAAACUUGUUUUUUAUUUGGAAUGUAGAAGGCUUAAUCAAUAUCAAAACAUUUCUAAUAUUAAUGAAUUACUAAAUGUUUUCUACAAAGAUAUUAUAAAUGAUUUUAGUAUUAGUAAUCAUUCUGCACUGUUUAUAAUUGAUGGAUUAGAUGAGUUUAAAUAUUUAAACGAAUUAGUAAAUCUAGGCUUAAAUUCCAAUUAUCCAAUUGUUAAUGCUUUAACAGAAGUUCGAAAAUACAAAUCUUUAGUUGCUGGUAGAGUUUAUGCAAUUGAUCUGUAUCAAAGUAUAUAUACAGAACAUAAUAAGGUAACCAUUCAAAUAAUGGGGUUUAAUGAAAAUGGUAUAAAUAGUUAUUUAGAAAAUAAUUUUAAAGAUGGAAAAAAAGAACUUAUGAAAGCAACUUUAAAGGUAUCUCCAAUUGCAAAAGCCAUGGCAUCUGUUCCAUUUUAUUUAUCUUGUAUGUGUGAAAUCAUUAGUGAUUCAAACAAAAUAUAUUCAACAUCUUUCUUAACAAUGACAGAUUUAUAUGCAAACAUUUUUUUAUACUUUUUGCAAAAACACAUUGUCAAAAACAAUGGUUUGGUUUAUCAAAUGAUGGAAAAUGAAAACAAUAAGAAAUAUGUUUUAAACAUUUGUAGGAUAGCUUUCGAAUUGUUUAUUGCAAAUAAAUUUAUUUUUUCAAAAGAGGAGGUUGUACUGUUUAUCAAUGACUUUAAUGAAGUUGAAGAAUGUCUUUUUGGUUUUAUUGAAAGGGUUGAAACACAUUUAGGCUAUCAUUACCAAUUUGCGCAUUUGACAAUAAUGGAGUUUUGUGCAUCUGUAUAUGCAUAUAAUUGUUUAAGCAGUGAUGAGAUUAUGGUUAAUGAAAAGCUGAAAAGUUGUUUAUCAAUGAUUUGUGGAUUAACCAAUAAAACCCAAAAUAGUCUAUUAAAGUUUCUUGUUAACCUGAAUCCUCUAAAAAAAUCUUAUGAUGAAUCUUUACUUUUGUUUCCUAUUUUGGAUCGUCUAAGAAAAAGAUAUGAAGACACAAGUUUAUUCUAUGAAUGUUUUUAUGAAAGUCAAUCAUCAUUUACUGAUGAAAUAAAAUCAAUCGUUGAUGAACAAGGGUGGUGGAAUAUUUCGAUUGACGAUGGAAAAACUUCUUACGAAACUUCUUGCGAAAAUUAUUUCGUAAAUCAUUACAUAAAAUCUGGAAGAAAGUUAACGUCGUUACGUGUUGCUAAAAAUAUUUUAAUUGAUGAAGAAAAAAAUCUUUUAAUUCUUUGUUCAACUAAUGUUCGCAAUGUCACCUUUUAUCGUCCGAUUAAAUUCGAAGGAUGGAAACCGAAAGAUAAGAUUGAAUGGUUGACGAUAUGGAUCUCACGUUUUUUUUCUCACGAUUAUUUUAUAACAAAGAAAGAUUUUGAAGAAAACUUUCUUCCAUGGAUUAAUCUUUGUGAAGUAUUACGUCUUGAACUUCGCGACGACAUUGAUUUUAUUGAUGAUGUUUAUGAAUGGAUUCGUUGUUCGAAUGUCAAGUGUUUUGUGAUUUAUUAUAAUAUCGUUCAGAGAUUCUAAAGUAAUGUUAUGUGGA